CAUUGUGGGGGAAUAGAGGGUUUUCCCAGCCACAUUAAAUUCCCCUAUCAAAGCCAGCAGUCAGCCGGUGUGGGAACAGCUGCCCUUACCUGCUCUACCUGACAGAGGAGAAGGACCUGGUGGCUGUGCUAAGUAGCAGGGAUGUUUGACACACUGUAUGAGUGGUUCUGGUGGGACAGAAUCUGGCUGCCAGUGAAUCUGACAUGGGAUGACCUGGUAGACAAGGAGGGCCGGGUCUACGCCAAAGCCUCUGAUCUUUACGUCACUGUCCCUUAUGCCUUUGUCUUCUUACUUCUCAGAUACCUGUUUGAAAAUUGGGUAGCAGCACCACUUGCUGUCUCCGUUGGGAUCAGGCAGAGAGUCCAUCUGAAAGCACAGGACAACCCCAUCCUGGAAUUCUACUACACCACUCAGUGUAGAAAUCCUGCUCAGGCAGCCUUUGAUGGGCUGUCUAAGAAAAGCUGUUUGUCAGUGAGACAAGUGGAGCGCUGGUUUAGAAGAAGGCGUAAUCAGGACCAUCCGGGAGUCCUGAAGAAGUUCAGAGAAGUCUGUUGGAGGUUUGUCUUCUACCUGUUGGCAUUCAUAGGAGGAAUAGCAGCCCUGUAUGAUAAAGAAUGGUUUUAUGACACUCGGGAAGUGUGGACAGGCUUUCCAAAACAGUCCAUGCUGGAGUCUCAAUACUGGUAUUAUAUCCUGGAGAUGAGCUUCUAUGCCUCUCUUCUCUUUAGCAUAACCUUUGAUGUCAAGAGAAAGGACUUUAAAGAGCAAAUUAUCCACCACUUGGCCACUCUGGUACUCUUAUCUUUUUCCUGGUGUGUCAACUACAUUCGUAUCGGAACCCUGGUCAUGCUUGUCCAUGAUGCAUCUGAUGUUUUACUGGAGUCCGCCAAAUUAUUCAACUACGCCAAAUGGGAGAAAACAUGUCAAAGCCUUUUUGUUGUGUUUGCCAUAGUGUUUAUGGUAACACGCCUCAUCAUCUUUCCAUUUUGGCUAAUCCACUGUACCUGGGUUUACCCCCUUCACCAUUACCCCGCCUUCUUCGGGUACUACUUCUUCAACGUGUUGCUGGUGGUCCUCCUCUGUCUGCACAUAUUCUGGGCCUACCUUAUUCUCUGCAUGAUCAGGAAGUUUAUGUUUGGAACGAUGACCGGAGAUGAGAGAAGUGAGAAUGAAGAGGAGGAGGAGGACGGAGAGAGCAGUCAAACAGAGGACGAAGGUGUAGGACAGCACAAGCUGGGCAAUGGACAUGCAGUUGAUGAGAAGGAGGACAAGAGUGGCUGCUUCGGGUGCUUGUCUCCCCCAGAGGACAUCUGUCGCUCAAAGACUGUGUACUGACUCGUGCUUAGUAUGAUCAGUAGAGUUUAUCCUCUAAAGACUGAAAAAUAAACAAAACAUGUGACCUUUUCCCUUUAGAUGCUGAAAAACAACCUAACUCAAUUCAGCCAUGCUGUGCUAACAGACCUAAGAGCUGUGCACAUAUAAGGGGAGAGGAACAUUGAGAUGUUUUGGUUGUCUGGUCCUCUCCAGUGUUAUCAGGCAGCGUCGACAUAAUUUUUCCCAGAGAUUGCUGGCUGGUACAACAGUCACCAUGUGAGCACACCAUAUACUAUGAUAAUGCUGUAAGACUUAUAGAUUUCCACAAGCCUUACAUUGGUUUUGUUAUUUCCCAAUGGAAAUUCCAAUAAAUUACCUUUUAAGCAUAUAGGAAGGUUAAGUAUGCAUCUUUAGUGCCUGUUGGUCCCAGAUGUGUUCAGUCAGGAUUAUCUGACUGGAACAAGGAAAUAUUUCAGGUGCUAACAAGGAAACAGUUCAUGGUAUUUUCAGAUUUCUGAAACUACCAUACACUUGUAUGUUUAGUACACAUUAUAAACAUAAUAUGUACACAUAUAGAUACACAAGGUACACAAAAAUGGAUGGAAACACAUACUUACUUGUGUUCUGUGCAAAAUUAUUUCCUUUUGAGUUGUCAUACAGUCUAACAGGUCCGUCUUGGCUGGUUGAUUGGCAUAGUUUAGUAGCCACUGUAUCACUAUAUGAGUUUUUACUUUCAUAAAUGGUGAGCCAAAGUGAAACCACAACUUCUAGGUUCUGUUGCAGGACAAAGAAAUCGUUAUUUAAAAUCCGACUGAUAUCUGUAGCAACACUAAUAACAAUCCAGCCUUAGAAAAGAGGCCUUCUCUACAGUAUGUAGUGGGGCUUGCAUUCAAGUUUUUUGUUUUUUUAAAUCAAACUCAUUUGUUUAUUUGAUGUGACUGUUUGAUGUGUUUUUAAUGUGAAUGUAUUCACUACUUCUAAAAAAAAUUCUCUAUCAACUAAUCAACAAAUAAACUCAACUA